UGUUGGUACGAUUGACAAAUUCAAUAAAGUUGCAUUUUGUUUUUGAAAUCUGAAGCCUUAUCUAAUACUUAUUCAAACUUUUUGAUCUUGCACAGAAAAUAAAAGAUGUGAUUAAAAGGUUGUGGAAGGUUAAAUAUGUAGUUGUUUCGUGUAAUUUGUUGUUAAUUUUGUUAACAAGUGUAGUACUUUCUAAGUCAUUUUGUAUCACGUGAUCAUUUAUUGAAUUUUAAUUGGUCAUCGCUGAGCGUGCCCUGCGCGACGCGAGAGGCGCAACGCAAUAAUAGUACUCCAAAAUGCCGUCGGAAUCUAAGCCUUUGUUGACAGCUCAAACAGAAAAGCCAAAUCAUUAUAAAUAUCUAAAGGAAUUUCGAGUGGAACAGUGUCCAUCGUUCCUACAACAUAAAUGUACACAACACAGACCUUUCACUUGUUUUCAUUGGCAUUUCAAUAAUCAGAGACGAAGAAGACCUGUUAGAAAACGGGAUGGAACGUUCAAUUAUAGCGCAGAUAAUUAUUGUACAAAGUAUAAUGAAACAUCGGGUGUUUGCGAGGAUGGCGAUGAAUGUCCGUACCUGCACCGCACUGCGGGAGAUACAGAGCGCCGCUACCACCUGCGGUAUUACAAGACGUGCAUGUGCGUGCACGACACUGACGCCCGGGGGCUCUGCACCAAGAACGGCGCCCACUGCGCCUUCGCGCACGGAGCUCCGGACUUGCGACCCCCCGUUCUUGACAUGCGGGAGUUGCAGGCUCUGGAGAACCUUGACGGCAUCGACGCGGACGCCGCCGCACCUAAUGCUCUAGAUAGGGAAAGAAAUUUAAUGAAUGAAGAUCCAAAGUGGCAAGAUACGAAUUAUGUGCUAUCAUCAUAUAAAACUGAACCAUGCAAAAGACCACCGAGACUCUGUAGACAAGGAUAUGCAUGUCCUCAGUACCACAAUAGCAAAGUGAGUGCCUCAUUGAUCAGCAUCUUUUAUGAUAAGCGGCGAUCUCCGCGCAAGUACAAGUACCGCAGCACGCCGUGCCCCAACGUGAAGCACGGCGAGGAGUGGGGCGAGCCCAGCAACUGCGAGGCGGGAGACGCGUGCGGCUACUGUCACACGCGCACCGAGCAGCAGUUCCACCCCGAGAUCUACAAGAGCACCAAGUGUAACGACGUGCAGCAGGCCGGCUACUGCCCGCGCGGCCUCUUCUGUGCCUUCGCGCACGUGGAGCCGGACGAUCUAAUGUCAACUAGAGAUAUGGCCGCGUCACUCGAUGGCGGCACAAAUCUGGCCGAGCUCCUGACUUCGGCGCUGCCCAACGACAAGAAGAACGAGGCAUCGGCGUUGGGGAUGGUUCGCGCGCCGUCCCCCGCGCACGUGAACGGCAGCGGCGACGGCUCCGAGUGCGCGUCCACGUCCAGCGGCGGCUCCGCGCACCCGCGGCCCGCGCAGCAGGCCCCGGAGCCCGACAAGCAGGCCUCCUGGCCGCCGCGGGCCGCCUUCGACGCCAGCGUGCUGCACGAGGUGGUCGGCAACGCGCUGGACGACCUGCAGCUGGAUGACCCCGCGCACCUGGUGGCGUCGCUGGACCGCGACCUGGACGGCGAGGGCCUGCUCGGCGGCUCGGCGCCCGUCACCAUCCCGCGCCCCGUGCGCUACAGCCCGCCCGCCGGCUCGCCGCUGCCGCCCUUCCUGCGGUACGCCGGCGACGCCGACCGCCUGUUCGGCGUCAAGUCGGGCAGCUUCGGCGCGUUCGAGUCGGCGGAGGUGUCGCGGCUGCGGGAGGAGGUGGCCGUGACGCGCGCGGCGGCGGCGCGGUGGGACGAGCGCGUGUCGCAAGCGCGCGCCGCGUGCGAGGCGUGGCAGCGCGAGGCCGACGACGCCACGCGCAAGGCGGCGCUGGCGGAGCGGCAGCGGGACGAGGCGCUGGCGCACGCGCGCGGCCUCAAGCGGGAGCUGGACGCGGCGCGCGGGGCCAGCCGCCGCGACCUGCGCGGCCUGCCGCUCGCCGCGCUCAAGACGCUGCAGACACAGGUACGGUCCGAGCUAGAAGACAUAGAGAAGGCCCUAUACCUGGAGACGGCUACGAAGUGUAUGGUAUGUGAGGAGCAGCCCCGGGCCGUUACCCUGGCCCCCUGCAACCACUACGUGCUGUGUGACUCUUGCGCAGCGACCGCCAACGAAUGUCCUUACUGCCAGACGCCCAUACAACACCAUCAGUGACUCAGAAACAACACCAUCAGUGACUCAGAAACAACACCAUCAGAGACAGACUUGGUAAUCUUAAUUUACACAUGGCUAGCACAGACCUCUUCCAAACAUUUGUCGCUACAACCACAGACUUGUGAACCACCUGUGUGGAAGAGGCUUUAUAUAAUACUCAAGUAUUUUAUAACUAUAUGUAAUUUCUCUACUGUAUUUUAAUACUUUGGAAUUCUUGCUAGGUAUAUAUUUAUAUAUAUAUAUAUAUAUAUAUAUAUAUAUAUAUAUAUAUGUACGACGAAUAUUUUAUAUAGAAAUAUAAAUUCUAAAUCUAUAUACAGUAUCAUGGUUGUAGUCAUCUGUCUAGAAUUUAGAGGUCUCAAUACUAAUUUAUUUUAAGAAUACACUUUCCGUGUUUUGAAUGCUGAUAUAGAAGUUUCUUGAUAUUUUUCUAUAUAUGAGUAGUUAUGUUAUAAAAAUAGAUUAUAUUAAUUAAUCCCCAGAACCUGUAGGUUACAUUAUUAAUUUUUAUUCUCAAGUGGAGUAAAGAUUCUAAUAGGUUUACUAAAAUUUUCUACUAUUUACUAUAUAAUGUUUACUUACAAAUUUUAUAGUUGCUAAACUUGAUGUCGCUUUUGAAUACCUUUUUCUUAUUGUGACAAUUUUGUGAUGAAACUUUGUUGUAAUUGAACUUGAACCAUCGAAAAUAAGUUGUAAAUGGAAUUGCGACUGAUGCUUGUAAAUAAAUUGAUAUUAUAAAGUUAUGAUGCAUUCUUGUUCUCGAUUAAAGAUAUUUGUGAGUGGAUAUGUUAAAAGUGUACCUGGGAUCACGGAAAUUUUUUUAAGAUGAUAGUGUACCUAAUAUUCACAAUUACAACAAGUUUCAAAUUAAUUAUAUUUAUCUGUAUUUAAUACAUUAGAUACUUUCUAAUAAAUAUUUUCGUAUUACAAACAUUUAUGAAUAGUGCAUCAGCUAGUAAAAGAGACGGUUUCUGGUAAACAUUUGUUAUACUAAUGUCAGUAUCUAUUAGAGGUUUCAAGACAGUUUGAGUGGUAGAUAGACAUUUGUCAUCAGAAGAUCUAGUGACAGGAACGGAUGAAACAAAAAAAAUAUAAAAAUUAUAACAUUGUGAAUUUCACCACAAUCUGAUAAUAUCUAGAGUAACUCACAUAACUGUAUAUCUUUCUCAAGUCAUCCAAUCGUAAACUUCAUGUGGUCAAACUUUUAUUAGAAUCUUCAACAUUAUUUACUGAAAAUAUGGAAAUUAAACAUAUUUUUUUUUAAUAGUUUCAUGUAAUGACCCUCUGAAGAAACCGUUGCUUGUUGUAUUGAUAAAUUAAUGAUCUUUCAUCAACUUUUUAUUGAAUUUAGGUUAGCAGCUUUGAGUAGUUGAUUAUAGAAUAUUCCAAUUGGUAGAUGUGUCACUGUAACUCAUUUCAGUGUAUUCACUGUGAUUGUUGAUAUUUAUUAAGAUUUUUUAUAUUAAGGUGAAUGCUUUGCAUAACUGUGUAGAUUUGAAAAAAAAAAGAUUAUGUUUCCCAUUUUACAUGUACUGCACUUGAUUUGAUUUUUUUUUAUUUAAUGGGGUUUAAUUAACCACAUAGGGAAAUAGUAAAGUAAUUAGUGUUUUACUAACUAAUUAUGUACAGACACAUUCACAAUAUUAUCUGCAGACAUAGAAGAAAGAUUUGAAGAAUUAAAUUUGGAUCGGAAUACAGAAAUCGUAAUCAAUGGAUUGCACAAGAAUUUGGCUGUUUCAUAAAUAGACCUUUAUCUCUGAGGAAAACCACAGACUAUAAAAAAUAGUACAACAUAUCACUCAAUUGUUUGAUAUUAUGGUUAUAAUGACACUGGUUUUUAUUAAAGAGUACUUUAAUAAUAUUACUAUAUUACAUCAUGUUAUCACGCUACGGUAUAAUUUCGCGCCCCUCUGCUUAACAUUCACCUUACCUUUAUGGAGCACAAUCAAUAAUCAUCUCGAAUAAGUCUAUCGACCAAUUGCUUAGAUAUUAAAUAUUCAGUUUAUUUAUCACAACAUUUUCAGUGUGUGAUAAUAUGUUCAAAUCAAAUUAGUUCCAUACCGACAUUUUAAUUGAAUCCAACAGUUUGAAAGCAUUUUUCAUGACAUUCCUACUAUUUUCUAAUUUAAACUGUUAUUCUGUAGGCUGGUUGAUCUAAAAUAAAAAAUCUUAAAAAUUUGGCACAAAUCAGAUCUGGUUCUCGUUUUAAACUUGAAUGAUUAUAAGCACUCUUAUAAAUAACAACAUGUCAUUAUGUGGCCAGUAUUGAUACUGUUAAGAGUGAAACUUUUUUUACCAAUCUAUACAGGACCUUUUUUUAAAAAUAUUUUUUUUAAUCUAGCAACAAUUUGAAACAAAAAUUUUUACGUAAAUUUAUAUUUUUAUGAGAAAUAACAAUACUACAUAAGAUAUUUUCAAGCAUAAUUAUAUUGACUAUACAUUAGGAAUAACAUUUUUUAUGUGGCAAUGAAUCUAAACCUUAAUUUUUUUUUUGAGAUUUUAUGACCUGGUAACUAAGCCCUUUAAGUCAAGCUAAACCUUAGAUGAAUCAUACUAUUCAUAGAGUAUAUCAUACAUGUUGCUAGAUCGAUUUUCCUUUCUGUAUUGUUCUAGUUGACAACAGAAUUAAUCGUAGAUCGUAUUUUACUAAUUAAAUUAUUGUAAAUGAAACUCUAUACAACACUUGGUAAUAGAUUAACACAAUAUUCGUUAUAUUCUUAGAACUUAUUCCAUGUAGACUAGCAUGGUUUGUUGAAUAUAUUUUUUGUUUAUUCUUAUUAAAAUACUGAUUAACAGUAAACAAUCCACAACUAACACUAAUCUUGUUGAACAAUUUAUUAGUUUUUUAAUAUUAUAAUAUGCUAUUUACUAUCUAACUAGGUUCUCCUAAUAUUUUCAUAUUAAGCGAUUUAUUUUGUCGUAUGCAACACUUGCUCUUGGGAUUAUAUUGAACUAAUAUAGAGCAUUUUAUAUGAAUUUAUUUCAUCUUUUCUACAUUGAGAAAAAAUAUAUUUAUAUAUUUCGAGCGUAAAUUAUGUAAUGAAGAUUUUGUAUUGGAUAUUAUAUUAUAGUAAUAGGGAUAACAAAUUUAAUUUAGAUGUAAAAUAGUUGUAAGUAGUGUUUUCAAAUUAUAUUGGACUUUUUUAUAUUUUAAGUGUAGCGCGUUUGAUAACCGAGAAGCAAUAUUGACACAACCGCCUUAGAUACAACGCACGUACAAGUAGAGCCUUAACGUUUACCUUGUUGCUUAUAAUGUGCUGCUGAAAAUACUGGUGGUCGGCAUUUCUGUCUGUUUUCUUUUUAUUCAUCAUCAUCAGCAAAACCAAAUUUAAUGUUAUACUGUCCCUGUACAGGAGUUUAUAGUUAUAAUUACAAUAAUUAAUGUGCAAAAGCACAUUAUUUUUCUCUCAGAUAUGUCAUUGUCAUUAUAGGUGUCAAAUUUGUUUGACAUCAGUCAAAUCGACAGAUAUUGUACAAAUGCAUGGCCGAACUAGCUUAUGUUUGCAACUAUUAUGCUCAAUAUUUCCGAAGCUUGUAUCCACUGUACUUGGAACAUGCUUAUUGUAAGAUGGUAUAUUAUAUUUUUACUUAGAAUUAAAAAUGUAUCUCAAAAUCUAUUGAAUAACUUUGUCAACAAUCAGUUAACUAAGAAUAAUUAAUUAUAUAACUUUGAUUUGCUGAAUCUGAUUUGUAUUUGGAUAUGUGAUUAAAAUAUUUGUGUACAGACAGAAAGUAAUUUUUGCAAUUUGAAGGUGAUAAAUGCCGACCACUCAGUGUUGAGGUUGACACGAUACAUUUUGUAUAGAAGGAAAGAGUAGUUCGUACAUUCUUACUUAUUGAUGUGUAGUGAUUUGGUAUUUCGUAAUUAAAUGUUAUUGAAGGUAGUGCUUCAUUACAAUACAUUGUGGGCUUAUUUGUACUAGACAGUGAGCUGAAUGACAGAUACACAGAUUAAAUUAAAAUAUAAUAUAUAUUUCCGUAGAAAAGUAAUUAAAAUUCUAAAGUCUUUCUGUAGCAAAUCAUGACUAAAGAUUCUAUGAAACCAAAAUAGAAAAAUAAAGGGACUUUUGAAAAAUUAAAUUCAACUCGUUAGUUUGUCAGCCUUUAGUUGAUUAAUGGUGGAGCUUGUGUACGGCCCUAAAUUAUGAUACAAUUAUCGAUUGAGAACUCUCGUAUUUCGGAAUAAAGAAUUAGUAGUGAAGUAUAUCCAAUUAGUUUUCUGUAUUGUCUUAAUAUAAGGCCUAAGUCGGUUAGAGUACUCGAGUUGUUAGGGUAGGGAUCCUGCGCGAGCAAACACAAUCACCGAAUAUAAUUAAAGUAUACGCUUUGCGUUUUUCAGAUGUCAAUCGAUUACUUAAUUAAUGAUCAAUUUUUUGCUGCAAACUAAAAAAUAACAAAAAUUAUUUUCAAAAUGAUGGAUUUUGAAAGUAAUGAAAGGUUUAUCCUAUAAUAAUUAUAUUUUAAAUUUUUUUUUUGUAUACCUGCCAUUUGAUACAAUUUGAUAAAAGCUCGUUGGAUGAAGAGUGUGGUUCUACUCUCUCAACAAACGCCACGAGUGAGAAAUGGAUGUCUAAAUAACUAAAACAUUACUAUCUGCUUAAUUGCAUGUGCGCAAACAGUUUAAUAGCUCUUUGGCGUAGGUAGUGAUAACUAUCAAGUGAUUAUUUGCUCGUGUGGGACAACGUUUGUCCAAAAACAAGAUGGUGGCAUAAAUACAAGAAUAAACCUAGAACGAUUGACAUUCAGACCGUGGUAUGGAGUUGAUUCAAUGGUGAUGUAAGAAAAAAAUAUAAAAUUGUUCCGCCAUAUUUACCAAAGACUUUCUCGGAUUAUGAAUGAAUGUACAUAUUUUUUAAAUGAAAUCGCUAAUAAGUAUUGAAAUAGUAGUCAUAUUGAUUUGAAAUUGAAGUGUCGAUGAAUAAAUCCAUUUCGGAUGACGCCAUCUUUGAUUUGGACAAGCUAAGGGUUGUCGCGUAGCGUGUAACGAAAUGUUCUGUCUGUUGCGUGUAGUGGCUUGCUUGUGUCGUGUCAUUCUGAUCAGUUUGGUGUUAGAUGUGUAUUAGAUGCAUAUUUAUUUUUAUACAAAUAUUUAAAAUAUUUUAUAUCACAUGGAUAACGUUCGGUCAAAAAUAGUGUUGAUUUGUUUCACUUAACAAUUGACCACUUUAUAAUAAACUAAUACUAUCUGUCUAUAUUAUCAUAUCUCUGCAAGUGGUACUUUUACCUACUGAGGCUGGCACUUUACUGAAAUCCAACUUGCUGUGGACUUCCAAUGUUGGCACUUGGAAGAAUAGUUUUAUGUACUGGAAUAUUAAAAAUAUAAUAUAAUCCAUCAGUCGUUAUCCCCAUGUACACCAAAACGGACUUAAAACGCAUAUAAUUGAACAACUUCUAAGUUACCGGACAUCUGUAUACAUAUCAAACAAUCGGAACUUGUGUUAACACUGACUAUGUAUUGAUAAGAUCAACAAAAGCGGAUGUGUAGUUAAAACAAGUCCUACUGAAAAUAUAUUAAGACAUGCUACAUUUAUUAUUUAUGGCAAGCAUUUUAUGUAUAUUUUUUAAUUAGGACCAAAUUUUCAUUUAUUUAAUCAUAAGUUUUGUUAUGUGCGCAUAAUAUAGUAAGCUCUUUUAUAUUUUAUUAUUAUUUUUUCAAUUAUUUAAUCGUUAGGUAGGUAGGUCCAACAAAUUUUUUCAAAUUAUUAUUGUUAAAAAGUAAUGGUAGUAGGAUAUAUAACAAAUUGCUCUAGUUUGCUGCAGAUCAAAUUGUCAUCGUUUUAUUUUUUGGUAUUUAUUACUGUGCAUCAUUUUAGCUCUUAUCAUAGGAGGUCUUUACAAAAAUAGAAAAAUUAAAAUUAAAUCCAUGUGAUAGAAGAUCUUGCAACAGAGCCGAAAAUUAUAAUUAUUCUAGAUAGGUAGGUUUAAUAAAUUUUUAAUUCCAUUCAAAUAAA